CGGUUCUUCCCCUUCCCUUCCCCUCCUCUCUCCCAUCGUCGGCGGCGGCGGCGGCGGCGGCGGCUGCUUCCUUCCUUCCCCUUCUCGCGGCUAAUUCGUUUCCCCUCGAGGAGGAGAGGCGGCGGCGGCGGGAGCGCGCGCGGACAUGGCGGAGGUGGAGGCGGCGACGGUCGCGGCGGCGGCGGAGACCCCGGCCGUGGCGGCGACGGAGGCGGAGGGAGCCCCGGCGGCGAAGGCGCCGCACAAGCUGCAGAGGCAGUGGGCGUUCUGGUACGACAUCCAGUCCAAGCCCAAGCCAGGCGCCGCCUGGGGGAGCUCGCUCCGCAAGGCCUACACCUUCGACACCGUCGAGGAGUUCUGGAGCUUGUAUGAUCAGAUUUUCCGUCCAAGUAAGGUGACAGUCAAUGCUGACUUUCAUCUAUUCAAGGCUGGCGUAGAGCCAAAGUGGGAGGACCCAGAGUGUGCAAAUGGGGGCAAAUGGACUGUGCCAUGUAGCAGGAAGACCACCCUUGAGAACAUGUGGCUUGAAACGUUGAUGGCUCUGAUUGGAGAGCAGUUUGAUGAAAGCGAGGAAAUUUGUGGCGUUGUUGCUAGCAUCCGCCAGAGAGGAGACAAGCUUGCAUUAUGGACUAGGACUGCCAGCAAUGAAGCUGUUCAGGUGAACAUUGGCAAGAAAUGGAAGGAGAUUAUUGACUACAAUGAUAAGAUGGUCUACAGCUUCCAUGAUGACGCGAAAAGGGAGAAACCAAGCAGAGGGGGACGCUACAACGUGUAAGUCAUCGUGAACAUCCAAGCUUGGAUAGCGGCCGACGAGUGGUGUGCUGAUAUUGUCAGUUUUCUUUACAGCCUCAGCUAGUGUUGUUAUUCGAGGCUAUUUUCCAACGCAUUAUGUUGCUUUCCUCUAUGAUAGCUUAUGGUAAAAGAUACAGAGAUUUUGAUGAUUUUGUACGCCACUUAAUUUUGCUCGUAACGUGCUUUAACAA